AGCGAGCGGGGAGGUUCGGGUGCGCAUGCGCAGACUCAAUGUCAACACCGCGUUGCCCAAGGUUAGGGGGCCGCUGCCGGUGCGUGGGGAUUUGUUCCUGCUCCGCACGUUGUUAACCCAGCCCCCAGGGGCCUGGCUGGGUCGCGGUCCUUGGGCGGGGGCACGUGGCUUGGGCGGGGUCAGUGGAUCCCCCCAGCGGGUGGCGCCUGGUGACCUUUGACCUCUGUGACGGCUCCCUGCAGGUCUGGUGACCUCUGACCUUCCUGCAGCGGUCAAGCCGGGUGCGCGGGUGCGACCCUUGACCUUUGAACCCUGCACCCACAGCUGGCAACCUUUGAACCCUGCACAGCGGCCGAGGCGCCCUGGGUGCUGCCAUCCCACAGCCGGUGACCUCUGAACUCUGCACCCACGGCCAGCGACCUUUGAACCCUGCACAGUGCAAGACGCCCUUGGUGCUGCCAUCCCACAGCCGGUGACCUCUGAACUCUGCACCCACGGCCAGCGACCUUUGAACCCUGAACAGCGGCCAAGACGCUCUGGGUGCAGCCAUCCCACAGCCGGUGACCUCUGAACCCUGCACCCACGGCCAGCGACCUUUGAACCCGCACAGUGCAAGACGCCCUUGGUGCUGCCAUCCCACAACCAGUGACCUCUGAACUCUGCACCCACGGCCAGCGACCUUUGAACCCUGCACAGUGCAAGACGCCCUUGGUGCUGCCAUCCCACAACCAGUGACCUCUGAACCCUGCACCCACGGCCACCGACCUUUGAACCCGCACAGUGCAAGACGCCCUCCGUGCCGCCAUCCCACAGCUGGUGACCUUUGAACCUUGCACAGCAGCCAAGACAACUUUGCUGAUCCUGCCCCCGGGGCUGGCGACCUUUGAACUCUCCAGUGGUCCUUUCCCCCCUUCCCUCCCCCCCGAGAUCCUGCAGCCCCACACGCUUCUCUGCUGGGGCAGAGGGUUUAAAUGGUGCCAUGGAGGAAUCUGAAGAGUCUCCCAAGACCUGACUCCUGGGAACGGACGCAACAGAGAAACAGGCUCGCACUGGCCAGAGAUAUGGCUGCUGGGCGGCGGAUGCUGGGUGUGGCCUGGGCCGUCCUGGGGACAGGGGUGCCGGGGCCGCCCUGCCGCGGCACGGCCUCCCUCGCCUCCCGGAUGGCCGAGUACCGGAGGAUGUGGAAGCCUGUGGAGCCCCAGGGGUGGGCUGAGCAGUACAGGGAGCGGUUCAUCCCCUUCUCCAAGGGGCAGCUGGUCAGCGCCCUUCUCAAGGAGUUCCACUCUUCCAGCGACGCCGAGCGCGCCUCCUUCCUGGCCUUCGUGGCGCGGGUGGACUCUUCCCUCCUGCAUCGCUACCAUUCCCUCCUGGGGCGCUUGCAGGCUCUCUACGACCCCAUUAACCCCGACCGGGACACCGUGCCAGAGAUGGUUCUGAGCGACACCGAGCGCCUGGCUAAGGAGCGGCAGGUCCUGGCUGAGCUGGAACCGGUGCUGGAUCAGGCCAACUUCAACAGCCUGUCAGAGGAUGCCCUGGCCUACGCCCUCAUCGUGCAUCACCCUCAGGAUGACGUCCAGGUUUCGGUGAACCUGGAUCAGUACGAGUACACCCGGUUCUGGGCCCUCGGCCAGCGUGUUGGAGUCCUGCCGAUUAAAUCCACGCUGGGGCCUCGGAAGGGGCUGUUCGGCACGGCCCGGACCCCCGCGGAAAGGCGUUAUUUCAAGCGGGUGCUGGUGGCGGCCCGGCCCAGGAACGCCCACCUGGUGCUGAAGUGCUUCAAAGACAUCCCCUUGGAGGCGCUGGAGCAGCUGCUGCCGGCCGUGAGGAUCCGCACGUCCAUCUUCUACAAGACGCUGCUGAACGUCACGCUGGUGGUGAGCGGGCUGGUCCUCUUCGUCAACGUCGGCAUGGUGGUGCUGUCCGACCUCAAGAUCGGCACCAGCUUCCUGCUGCUCUGCUUCGCCGCCUUCAUGACCUUCCGUGCCUGGAAGGUGUUCGGGCAGCGGCGGAACAUCCACUCCCUGGAGCUGGCGCACAUGCUGUAUUACCGCAGCACCUCCAACAACUCGGAGCUGCUGGGCGCGCUGGUGCUGCGGGCGCAGGAGGAGCACGCCAAGGAGCUGAUCCUGGCGCACAGCUUCCUGCGCCAGCAGCCAGCCUGGCCCCCGCACGGCCCCACAGACCCUGAGACCGUGGCUGGCCUUCAGGAGCACGUCCAGUCGUGGCUGCGGCUCCAUUCAGGCCUGGAAGUCUCCUUCUGCGCCGACCGUGCCUGCCGGCACCUGCUCAGCCUAGAGGGGGGGCACCGGGCCGAUCCCGCCAUGGCCCCUGGGUCCCACUGACGCCCCCUGGCUGUUUGCAGUGUGGGCACCCCCGAAUCCUUCUCCUGGCUGUGCUACAGCCGCUCCGGAGGGAAGGGCAGGGACAGCAUUGGAGGGGGGCCCUCUAUUGAGCAUGCAGCACCUGGCGGGGGAGAGGAGAACUGAGGCUCCCCCCGUGCUCACACGCUCUGAGCAUGUUUCUGGUGCAUUCUGGGAGUCCUGCCAACUCCCAUGCUUGGCAUGGCCCUGCCGUUACCCAGCUACUGCCAGGGCUGGAUUGCUGGGUUGUUAACCCCCUCUGGGCCGCCUGGUGCCUGAGGGGUUCUGCCGGCCACCGUUCAAGAAGGAUGCCGGGAAGUCGGCAGGGGAGCACCGGCCCAUUGACACCAAUGGAUCAAAGUCCAUUCUGCCGGGAGGGCUCUGGCCCCAUUACAGCCCCCUCCACAGCAAGGGAUUUGGACCCUGGAUCCCCCUUCUCUUUGGCAGCAAGAGAGCCCAAAGCUCUCCCAGCCGAACCCUCCCUGCGGUGUGCCCGGACCCUAGUGCUGGCUGCCUGUAGCGCAUGGAUUCGCACCCGGCGCCUCUCUUGGCGCGAGCGUCUGCACUGCUGCGAGAGGAGCGGGAUGGGCCCACCCGAGCCCACGGGGCUGCAUGCAGAAUUCAGGCCGGGAUUUCAGACGUGCCGGCCGGUUGGCAGGGGCGGCUUCGCUCUGGCUCCUCCCGUGCUUUCCUCUGCUGCUGAUUUUCACAGCGCCUGGCCUCGAUUUGGGUGUGAGAAAGAGACUUUCGGGCAGGAGUGGAAGAACGCUGGGCCUCCUCCCUGGAACUGAAAGCACUGUAGUCGCCGGGGGUGGGGCUGCACGCAGCACACCUCCCAUUGCCUCCGAGGGAGCCCGGGCCUGUUCACGCCAGCGGGGGAGCUGACCACGUUGACUCCUGACUAGUCAGGCUCUAAGCCAGCACCUUUCCCUACAGCCAGGGAGAGAACCCAGGAGUCCUGGCUCCCAGCCCCCCUGCUCUAACCACUAGACCUCACUCCCCUCCCGGAGCCAGGAGAGAACCCAGGAGUCCUGGCUCCCAGUCCCCCCUGCUCUAACCACUAGACCUCACUCCCCUCCCGGAGCGCAGGCUCCCACCCCCGAUGAGCGACGGUAAAAUGUCUUAACCUUAGGAGCUCAGCUUUAUUUCCCGGCCCGAAAGCCUCUCUGCGGGGAAGGGAGUUUCUACUGUAUUUGCAGUGCAAUAAAGAGGUUUCUUGUUUGAUCCCUGCUCCCCCACCAGCCCUGAUUGUCGCAGGGCAUGCCAGCCUGGGGGCCAGCCCCCCCAGCAUGGGAGUGAUUUCCACCCCCAUCAGGCAACGUAGAGACUUGGUGUGGCCAGGGGGCAGGCAUGUGGCUUGGCCCCACAAUCCCUUGCUCCUGGAGGGAGAUGGUCACACUGGGGUGUGUGAGGCACUGCCACA